AUGCCUAUCGAAUCACGGUGGUCGGAGCCCCUUCCGAACUGCUCGUUGCAGACAUGGAUCUUUGGUUCUUCCAAUGCUCCUCUCUCUAAUCGAAAAGCAUUUUAUGACGCCGACAGACCAGAUACUCACUUCAUCACCUUCUCCGACUACCGCCUCGUGGCGAAGCAAAUCGCUCUCGGUCUCCAAGCGGCGGGCCUCAAGCCAGGCGAUCGCGUGCUCCUAUUCUCGGGCAACAACCUCUUCUUCCCUGUCGUCUUCCUCGGCAUCCUGAUGGCCGGCGGCAUCUUCACAGGCGCCAACCCGACCUUUGUCACCCGCGAGCUGGCGUACCAGCUAAAGGACAGCGGCGCGACCUUCAUGAUCGCCGCCGAAGGCAGUCUCGAAAUCGCCCUGGAGGCAGCCAAGGAGGUUUCCAUCCCCGCCAACAACGUCUUCGUCUUCGACACCACAGUUCCCGGAUCGGGCAGACCCGAGAAGCCCGCGCAGGGCGGCGCCCGUCACUGGACGGAGCUCAUCGCCCCAAAGGCGCAGGCCGAGAAGUUCCAGUGGGUCGAGCCGGCCGACGCGCGCACGACGACGUGCUGCCUCAACUACAGCUCCGGCACGACGGGCGUGCCCAAGGGCGUCGAGAUCUCUCACUACAGCUACGUCGCCAACGGUGCCGGUGUCGUCAAGGUAGCGGCGCUGGAGCCGGAUCAUGAGGCCUCCAUUGCCCGUUCCGUUGGUCUCUGCUUCCUACCCCUCUACCAUGCCUAUGCGCAGACAUACUUCGUCGCCAACUUCGCCAAGCAGGGGAUCCCAGUCUAUAUCAUGAACGGAUUCGACUUUGUCAAAAUGCUCACCUACAUCCAAAAGUACCGCGUCACGCAGCUCGUCAGUGUGCCCCCGAUUCUCGUCGCCCUGACAAAGCAUCCCAUCACCGCAAAGUUUGACCUCAGCAGUCUUGAGACCGUCGGCUCGGGUGCCGCGCCCUUGGCGGCGGACGUGGCUCGUCAGGCCGAACGCAUUCUUAAGAAGCAGGACCUCAUCGUUCGGCAGGGCUGGGGAAUGACUGAAGUCACCUGUACAGCCAUGACGUGGGACCCGAACCGUCUGCUCCGCAGCGCUUCCGUUGGAGAGCUCAUGCCCAACUGCCGAGGCAAGCUCGUCGAUCCCGAGACCGGCAAAGAGGUCACCGAGGCCAAGGUUCCUGGCGAGCUCUUGAUUUCAGGCCCGACCGUCAUGCGCGGCUACUGGCGUAACCUCAAAGCCACGAACGAGACCAUCGUCGUAGAUGAUCAAGGCAGCCGCUGGCUGCGGACUGGUGACAUUGCUUAUAUUGAAGAGUAUAGCACAGGCGGCCUCUUCCACAUUGUUGACCGCAUGAAGGAGCUCAUCAAAGUGAAGGGCAACCAGGUUGCCCCGGCCGAGCUGGAGGCCUUGCUCCUCGAACGUCAAGAUGUGGCUGACGUUGCUGUCAUUGGGGUCACCAUCAACGGGGAAGAGUUACCAAGGGCGUAUAUCGUUCGGUCACCCGGCACCAACGCUUCCGGGGAGGAUAUUGCCAAGUGGUUAGAGGGCCGGGUCGCCAAGCAUAAGCGUCUUCGAGGCGGUGUGUCUUUCACUGAUGUGAUCCCCAAGAACCCAUCCGGCAAGAUCUUGCGAAAGAUUCUUAGAGAAAAGGCCAAGCAAGAAGUCGGCGACUCAGUUGCUGCCAAGCUGUAG